AUGUCUAUGAAAAUAAGAGAGAUGGUUUGUGUGACACAUGCGUUCAAUUCCUUUUUAAGUAGAAACAGUAAUGCUAGGAACAUGGGAAAGAAAGGGAGUUGGUUUUCUGCCAUAAAGAGGGUUUUUUCACCGCAUUCCAAGGAGAAGGUAGUCAAUGGUUCAGAGAAGAAAAACACAAAAGAAAAGAAGGGGCUUGGGAAACUAAAGCAUGGAGAGACCAAUUCAUUCAUUCCCCUGUUCAGGGAACCAAGCAGCAUUGAGAAAAUUUUUGGGGAUUUUGAAAGGGAGCAGCAAAGAGUAAAUUUUAGGCCUCCUACCCCCGAUGAGCAACCAAAGACACCGCCUUUUGUGCCUCCUAGAGUUGCUUCACCCAGGGAUCCUUCCCCAAGGGUUGGCUCACCAAGGGCUGCUUCUCCAAGGGCUGCUUCUCCAAGGGCUCCUCCAAGGGCUCCUUCUCCAAGAGCUCCUUCCCCAAGAGCUCCAUCUCCUAGGAUUCUUCAUCAUCAUAAGGAGAUUAGAUACAGACCUGAACCAACUCUAAGGAACCACCAUGCUUCAGCUACUAAAAUCCAAGCAGCUUAUAGAGGUUAUAUGGCGAGGAGAAGUUUUAGAGCUCUAAAGGGUCUAGUGAGGCUUCAAGGAGUGGUGAGAGGACAGAAUGUGAAGCGCCAGACAUUGAAUGCCAUGAAAUACAUGCAACUCUUGGUGCGGGUUCAGUCUCAAAUUCAGUCACGCAGGAUCCAGAUGUUAGAAAAUCAAGCAAAACAUCAAGGUCAAUACAAGAAUGAUAAGGAAGUGGAAAGCACCUUUGGCAAAUGGACCUUGAGCCAGGCAUCUGAGACAGGCAAUAAUGAUGAAUGGGAUGAUAGUUUGCUAACUAAGGAGGAAGUGGAGGCAAGGUUGCAGAAGAAGGUCGAGGCAGUUGUUAAAAGAGAAAGAGCAAUGGCCUAUGCAUACUCCCACCAGCUGUUGAAAGCUACUCCUAAAUCAGGUCAAACACCUGUAGCUGAUAUCCGGUCUGGGGGAUUCCCAUGGUGGUGGAACUGGUUGGAACGUCAGCUCCCCUCAAAAGACCCUCCUACAGAAACCAAUGCAUUGAAGAACUUUCAACUUACUCCUCCGAGAUCACAUUCAGAACUGAAGCCAAGCCCGGUGCCACAAGCAAGCAGUCAGAGGCAACAUCCCUUUUUAUUUGAUAACAAUCUGGACACGCCAAAAUCCUCAAAAUCAACCAUAAAUCUGACAACACUAAAACAAGCAGGAACCCCGCCUCCGAUUAAUAUGAGUAGUACUCCACAAGCAAACAGCUUGGGGCUAUCAAAGUACACAAGACGACCACCAGCUGGUGGAGCUGAAUCCCCUUUUGGUUUUCCACUGAAGGAUGAUGAUAGCCUCACAAGCUGCCCCUCAUUCUCAGUUCCCAACUACAUGACUCCAACCGUGUCAGCCAAAGCCAAAGCGCGAGCUGGUAGUAAUCCUAGGGAGAGAUUUGUGGGGACUCCAAGCAGUGAGUCCAAAAGAAGGCUCUCCUUCCCUUUGACACAAGGCAUUGGGUCUUUCAAGUGGAACAAAGCUUCUUUUUUCUCUAAUAAUAAGGAUUCCAGCUCUCAAAGGAUUUUAGACAAGAACCAGCCCCUGCAAUCUCUAGGAAAUUUGAGCAUAGAUUCCACGGUUUCUAUGCCUGCAGGAGUUGGAAGGAAGCCAUUUAAUAGAUUUGUGUGA